AUGGUCGCAGAUAUUACUGAAAAUCAUCAUCACCUCCCAGUUUCUCAAGCUGGUGGUAAGACUGCCUUCAAGGAUUACAUUGGUCAAUUCGCUGAUGUUGAAGAUCCUUUAGAAAGAAGAAGAUUAGCUUUAGAAGAAAUCGACAGAGCCGGUUUCGGAUGGACUCAAAUUAAAAUGAUUUUAAUUGCCGGUGUUGGUUUCAUGACUGAUUCCUACGAUAUUUUUGCUAUCAAUUUAGGUGUUAGUAUGUUACAAUACGUUUACUGGAAUGGUACUAUGCCAGCUUCCACUAACACCUUAUUAAAGAUUUCUACUUCUGUUGGUACCGUUAUUGGUCAAGUUGGUUUCGGUACUGUUGCUGAUAUUGUUGGUCGUAAGGCCAUCUAUGGUUUAGAAUUAAUUGUUAUGAUCUUUGCUACUAUUUUCCAAUGUACUUUAGGUGAAUCCCCAGCCAUUAACUUUGUUGCUAUCUUUACUACUAUGAGAAUAUUGAUGGGUAUUGGUAUUGGUGGUGAUUAUCCAUUGUCUUCUAUUAUUUCCUCCGAAUUCUCAACUACCAAAUGGAGAGGUGCUAUUAUGGCUGCUGUCUUCUCUAAUCAAGGUAUUGGUCAAGUCUUCGCUGGUAUCGUUGCCAUGGUCUUAGUUGCUGCUUACAGAGAUGCUUUAGAACCUGCUACUACUGGUGCUGAAUGUAUUGGUGACUGUAGAAAGGCUUGUGAUCAAAUGUGGAGAAUCUUAAUUGGUUUCGGAUGUGUUCCAGGUUGUAUUGCUUUAUACUAUAGAUUAACCAUUGCUGAAUCCCCAAGAUAUUCUUUAGAUAUCACUGACCAUGAUGCUCUUGAAAAGGUUGCUGAUGCUGAAGCUGCUAUUGCUCACCAACCAAAUGAAAUUGCUCCACCAAAGUCUUCUUUCAGAGAUUUCUGUAGACAUUUCGGCCAAUGGAAAUACGGUAAGAUCUUAUUGGGUACUGCUGGUUCUUGGUUCAUGUUGGAUGUUGCUUUCUAUGGUCUUGGUUUAAACUCUGCCACUAUUUUACAAGCCAUUGGUUACGCUUCUUCAAGUAAUGUUUACGAAAAAUUAUACAACACUGCUGCUGGUAACUUAAUUUUAAUCUGUGCUGGUUCAUUACCAGGUUACUGGGCCGCUGUUGCUACUGUUGAUGUUGUUGGUAGAAAGCCAAUCCAAUUAAUGGGUUUCACCUUAUUGACUAUCAUUUUAUGUAUUAUGGGGUUCGGUUACCACAAGAUUGGUACUAGUGGUUUAUUGGCUUUAUACGUCUUGGCUCAAUUCUUCGAAAACUUUGGUCCAAACACCACUACUUUUAUUAUUCCAGGUGAAAUUUUCCCAACUAGAUACAGAUCUACUGCUCAUGGUCUUUCUGCUGCCUCUGGUAAGGUUGGCGCUAUCAUUGCUCAAACUUGUAUUGGUACUUUAGUCAACCGCGGUUGUGAUGCUGAAAAUCCAAACUGUUUCUUACCUCAUGUUUUAGAAAUCUUUGCUUUAUUCAUGUUGAUUGGUGUUUUUACUACUUUAUUACUCCCAGAAACUAAGAGAAUGACCUUAGAAGCUAUUUGUGAAAAGUAUCACGAUGAAGUUGAUGCUACUAGAAUGGUUAGAGAUGUUUACAAUGAAACCAAUGAAUCUGACGAAAAGAAUUAA